AUAUAUAUAUAUGUGUGUGUGCGUGCGCGCGCGUUGUACCGUUUCCUGUGCAGACUCUUGAUCCAGACACGGAGUAUGGCGGCCACUGAGAUAGCCCGACAAUCGGGAGAGGGAGCACGUGCAGUGCCACUCUCUGGCCAUGUUGGCUUUGACAGCAUGCCAGACCAGCUGGUCAACAAGUCUGUUAACCAUGGCUUCUGCUUCAACAUCCUCUGCGUUGGGGAGACAGGUUUGGGAAAGUCCACUCUCAUGGACACCCUGUUCAACACCAAGUUUGAGGGCGAGCCGACUCAGCAUAACCAGCCUGGAGUGCAACUCAAGUCCAACACGUAUGAGCUGCAGGAGAGCAACGUGCGCCUUAAGCUCACCAUCGUUAACACGGUUGGCUUUGGAGACCAAAUAAACAAAGAGGACAGCUACAAAUCUAUUGUGGAGUUCAUCGACACACAGUUUGAGGCCUACCUUCAAGAAGAACUGAAGAUCAAGCGCACCCUGCACAGUUAUCACGACUCGCGCAUCCAUGCCUGUCUGUACUUCAUUGCACCCACUGGACACUCCUUAAAAUCUCUGGACCUGGUGACCAUGAAGAAGCUGGACAGUAAGGUGAAUAUCAUCCCUGUCAUUGCGAAGUCAGACGCCAUCUCAAAGAGUGAACUGGCCAAGUUCAAGAUUAAGAUUACCAGUGAGCUCGUCAGCAACGGAGUGCAGAUUUACCAGUUCCCCACUGAUGAUGAGACUGUGGCAGAGAUCAACUCCACCAUGAACGGCCAUUUGCCGUUUGCAGUAGUGGGAAGUACUGAGGAAGUGAAGAUCGGGAACAAGAUGGUGAAAGCACGGCAGUACCCAUGGGGAACUGUUCAGGUGGAAAAUGAGAACCACUGCGACUUUGUGAAGCUGAGAGAGAUGCUGAUCCGAGUGAACAUGGAGGAUCUGAGGGAGCAGACCCACACACGCCACUAUGAGCUGUACCGCCGCUGCAAACUGGAGGAGAUGGGCUUUAAAGACACCGAUCCUGACAGCAAACCUUUCAGUUUGCAGGAGACUUAUGAGGCCAAAAGGAACGAGUUUAUGGGUGAGCUGCAGAAGAAAGAAGAAGAGAUGAGGCAGAUGUUUGUUCAGAGAGUGAAGGAGAAAGAGGCUGAGCUGAAGGAGGCAGAGAAGGAGCUGCAUGAAAAGUUUGACCGUCUGAAGAAGCUGCACCAGGAUGAGAAGAAGAAGCUAGAAGAUAAAAAGAAGGCUCUUGAUGACGAGCUGAACAUCUUCAAGCAGAAGAAAACGGCAGCUGAACUCCUGCAGUCCCAGGCCCAGCAAGCAGGCAGCUCCACCACACUCAAGAGGGACAAAGAGAGGAAAAACUUCUUUUAAGUCUCUCGUGGCCACCUGUCUGAAGAGGGGAUCGCAGAUUCCUCAAGAACUAAGCACCCAUUUCCUCUUCCUGCCUUUCACUCUGUCAGCCUUUUUAUUGUUUGGUUGGUUGUUUUUUGGAAACUUUGUUGUCUGCUCAGUUAAACAUGGUCAUAUGUGGGCUUUACAUGGUAUUUUCUGCAAGAAAUGUUCACUCUUUUCUAUUUAGGAACACCAAACAGUCCCACACUAAUAUUUUUAUAGACUUUGUGAAGAUACUGGAACCAAAGUUCUGGUAGUAAAAUAGAGCAUGAAGGGAAAAAAAAAUAUUUAUUGUAAAAACAUCUGUUUUUAUACAUUCAAAUAUAUAUUGCUUUUGCAUACAUAGCUUUCAUUUAUCCCCCAAUCUUUUGCAUUUACACAUCUGGGUUUCUCCUGUGAUGUGUUUUUGUGUUGACUCUGACUGUGAGAUAGAAAGACCCAAAGAAAUAUUGUACAUUACCUGUUUAAUUUUAGAUUCUUAACAAUGAAACCAUGAAAUGAAUCUAUAAUUUGCUUGUAGUGCACAGUUAUUUAAGUUAGGCUGAUUUUAAGUUUGAGUUCCAGCGAUGCAACUCUCAUUUUUAACUCUCCUCUAAUUUGUUGAAUUUUAAAAGUCAUGGUUUAAAGAAGCACUUCUGAAUACCAUGUAGGUCACAUUCAGAGCCAGCUUUUUUUCAUUUCAUGCUUUGCCUUAUCUAAUCAGCCUUUGCAUGUUUUAUAUGCUUCUACAGUGUAAAAGCUUUCCCUGUUAGCCUUUUUUUCUUCAUAGGUAGUUCAUACAGGUCCAUGGGCUGUUACACAUUUCUGCAGGUUUCUAUCAAAACCAUAUCCUGGAAAUACUCCACAUUUAGAUAUAUUGUUCUGGCAGUUUAAAAUAUGCAAUGGCAGACAGAUAUCCAUCCAUAUUUAUAUAUAAUUUAGGAGGAUCUAUUUUGUGUAUUGAAGUAGAAAUGUGUUGAUGAUCAUGCUGUUGGUAGGUGGUCAUUCUGGUUGUCAGACUGCAUCAUUAUCCUAGCAUCUUUCAUCAGUUACCCUCUUGCACCUGUCCUAACUCAAAAUUGUGAAAUAUUUCAUUGUAGUGAGAUUUCAUUGGUGUACAUUUUCAAUUAAAAAAAAUCUGUCAAA